UAUUGGGUGGCAGGAAUGAUAGGAGUGCAAUUUUUGGGCUUCAGAGUUCAGUUCCAUACUCCACACCUACAUAACCAGAAAAAGGGUUUCAAGUCAUAACUUUCCAAUAGCAGAUUCCGCACCGUCCGAUUACAACUCCCUUUCCAUUUCAUUUUCUGUCUUCAAUUUCAAUUCCCCUUUCUCUGCCGCCGCUUACCACACCACACCGUUAUCUUCAAACGGUUGAAACGGCGACGCAUCCUCUCAAACCCUAACCCUAGCCUCUCCCUCCUCCUCUAUCCGGGAAUCCCAACCCAAUUCUUGUUUCUUUAUGUUCUCCCAAAAUCUGAUUCUCCCUCCCGAAAACCCUAGACCAGCGGCCUCGUUCGCUUCAAAACCCAUGAGCAAUGAGAUCGCAAUCGCUGCGCAGAAACCUCCUCCGUCGAUUCUCGUUGGCCGUUUCAAGGCACUCCUCAAGCAGCGUGAUGACGAACUCAGACUCGUCGCAGGCGUCCCCGUUCCGCCCCCGACAACAGAUGAAAUCGUCCAGAUUUACGACCUCCUUUUGUCGGAACUCACCUGUAAUUUGAAGCCUAUCAUCACCGAUCUCACAAUCAUCGCCGAACAGCAGAGGGAGCACGCCAAAGGCAUCGCUGAUGCAAUUUGCGCUCGGAUUCUCGAGGUGCCAGCAGAUCAAAAGCUCCCCUCACUCUAUUUGUUGGACAGUAUUGUGAAGAAUUUUGGGCAGGAAUACAUUAAAUACUUCUCUUUACGUCUGCCAGAAGUUUUUUGUGAGGCAUACAGGCAGGUUCAGCCUAGUUUGCAUCCUGCUAUGCGGCAUCUUUUUGGGACAUGGUCAAAAGUUUUUCCCCCUUCUGUCCUACGCAAGAUUGAAGCUGAAUUGCAAUUUUCCGUAGCAGUUAAUACCCAAUCAUCCACCCUGAAUGCCGUAAGGGCUUCUGAAUCUCCGCGGCCUAGUCAUGGCAUACAUGUUAAUCCAAAAUACCUGCGCCAAUUGGAUCCCUCAACCGUGGAUAGUGUUGGUGCUGAAAAGUUGGAUUCAUCAGGAAAUGCCAAUAAUACAAACUUUGGCAUUCUAGGUAGUAAGACACACCAAAUUUUAUCAGGCAGUGGCAGGCUGGGAAUAUCCUCUUCCCCUUCAAGAAGUGGACUUGAUAGGCCUUUGUCUGCACCCAUGGAUGAGUAUGCAGCUGACAGUUCUGCUAACAGAUUAAUUGAGAGAGACUCUUCUCAUCCUGCUGUUGAUUAUGGAGUAGGCAAGGCAAUAGGUAGAGAUAUGGAGUUGAGUGAAUGGCAACGAAAGCAGUAUGCUGGUGAUGGUCGUAAUAGGUUUCCAACUUCUAUCACAUACAGCCUUAGUAAUGGACAUCAGCGUCAAAGUCCCAGAGCUUUAAUCGAUGCAUAUGGCAGUGACAAAAGUCAAGAAACUUCAAGUACUAAGCCUUUGCUAGUAGAACGGCUUGAUAGAAAUGGUAUAGACAACAAGGUAUUGCCUACAUCAUGGCAGAAUACUGAAGAAGAGGAAUUUGAUUGGGAAGAUAUGAGUCCAACCUUAACUGAUCAUAGUAGAAAUAACAGUAUAUUGCCUUCAACUAUUGGAUUCACCAGGGAAAGGCCUGUUGUUGCAGCUAAUGCCGCUUUGUCAGAGCAUGAUUCCAGGAAGGGGGUUUGGUCUAGUGGAUCUCAGCUUCCUCCAGUGGAUGAUUCUUCUGCUAUAGCAGAAGAUGCAUUUUCUUCUUUGGGUUUUCGACGACAAUCCCUGGGACAGAUACCUGGAUUCCAAAAUCAUAUCAAUCAUAGUCUGGGUUCUUCUCAUCAUCUGUCCAACUCGUCACAACAUAUCUUUGGUAAUAGGGGCAGGGCAAGAACUCUUACAUUUCCUCCUAUUGAUAACAUUCACAAUGCCGAUACAAAUCCAUAUCGGGUUCGACCUACAGUAUCAAGGAUGGUUUCUGGCCGUGUCUCUAAUGUGGAACCUAGACCAUCAGUUUUGCCUGCAACUCUUGAAAUAAGGCCUUCUGUAAAUUUGAAUGUCACUCGACCACCUGCAUUAAAUCCAAUAACUCCAUUACAAAAACAUGUUAGGAGUCAGUUUGAAGCUUUACAUACUAGUAACCCUAUUGUGAAUCAUGUAAAUAAAUCUUCAUUUAUGCCAGAGCAGUCAUUUGACAGUGUUGAGAACAAGGAUGCAAGUAUUUUGAAGAUACAUCAGUUGCCUAAUCAGCUUCCUGGACUAAUUUCGUCCAACCAGCAAAAUCACAGGCAAGCACCACAACUGCAGUUUUUCCCACCAUCUCAGGAUUCGUCAAACUCACAAUUUAGUCAUGGGAGUUCUUUGCAGGGACAUGGUGCUUCUAUAAGUACUGCCAUGUCGAAUCCAUUACCUAUUAUGCAAUUCCAUUUGCCACUGCAAAAUGUUGCAAAUAACCCUUUACAUUUACAGGGUGGAGCCCGUCCACCUUUACCUCCAGGUCGCCCUCCUGCCCCACCACAAAUGAUACCUCUUCCAAAUGCCAGUCCAUUUAUGUCAAGCCAACAGCCAACUGUUGGAUAUACUAAUUUAAUUAGUUCUCUAAUGUCUCAAGGUGUGAUCUCAUUGGCCAACCAGCUGCCUGCACAGGAUUCUGUUGGAACUGAGUUCAAUCCAGAUAUUCUGAAGCUUCGUUAUGAGUCUGCUAUCAAUGCCUUGUAUGGUGAUCUCCCAAGACAAUGCACAACUUGUGGACUCCGAUUCAGAUGCCAAGAGGAACACAGUAGUCAUAUGGAUUGGCAUGUGACAAAGAAUCGGAUGUCUAAAAGCCGGAAGCAGAAACCCUCUCGGAAGUGGUUUGUGAGUGACAGGAUGUGGCUUAGUGGUGCAGAGGCAUUGGGAACCGAGUCAGUUCCAGGUUUUUUGCCUACGGAAACCAUAGAAGAAAAGAUAGAUGAUGAAGAGUUGGCUGUUCCAGCAGAAGAGGAUCAAAAUACUUGUGCAUUAUGUGGAGAGCCUUUCGAUGAGUUUUACAGUGAUGAAAUGGAGGAAUGGAUGUAUAGGGGAGCUGUAUACCUCUAUGCUCCCACGGGGACAACAGCAGGCAUGGACAGGUCACAGUUAGGCCCCAUAAUUCAUGCUAAGUGCAGAUCAGAAUCUAAUAUGGCACCAUCUGAAGAUCUUGGGCCGGAUGAAAAGGGUGGUGAUGAAGAGGGUACCCAAAGGAAGCGAAGGCGUAGUUGACUAAACUUGACCUUAAUUUUUUGCUUUUUGUAAUUUAUGAUUUUCCGUUAGUGUAUGUUAGAAUAGAGUUGACUGUUGCAAUACCGUGGCCAUUCUGCCAAAGUCAUGUACAUGUAUAGUUGGACUAGUAAGUUGCAUAUUUUGUUGCAGCCAAAGGUUUACAUAUUAACUUGGAGUAUUUCAUCCCCAGAUCAAAAACUAAUGUUAGUAGUACAUUGUUAUUUUUGGGAUGGCAGCGUAUGCGGCGACAUGGUUUUAGUUUCGUUAUAAUGACUUGAUACAAUUUGUCUGGUAACUUGGAAUAGCGUACCAACUAUGUGCGCCAACUGUUUGUAUUUUUUCAAACUAGUGCAUAAAUGAGACAAAUCUUCGAGGUA